UAAUAAUCGACUCUCGGAAUCAAAAGGUCUAUGCCCAAAAUGACAAAACAUGGUCUUUAGAAACUCUCGAACGAUUGCUUGAGUUACAUAAAAGACGCUGAGCGAUUGCUUAGUUCUCAGGUAAAAUUAGAGAAAAGUUCCCUCUUGAAAUGGCCGAGAUUCAAGGAGGAGUUGUUGCAGCUGAUGUUAAUGAUGAUGGGAAAAUUGAGCUAGUUACCGCUGAUACACAUGGAAAUGUUGUUGUAUGGACCCCAAAAGGAGAUUUGAUAUGGGAAAAGCAUCUGAAAAGUCUCAUUCCACAUGCUCCAACUAUUGGCGAUGUUGACGGUGAUGGCCAUACUGAGCUUGUUGUGCCAACAAUAUCAGGGAAGAUUCAUGUUCUUGAUGGAAGGGAUGGAUCAUCUAUUGGACGGUAUCCAUUUAUAACUCAUGGAAGAGUGAUGAAUCAAGUUCUUCUAGUUGAUUUAAGUAAACAAAAGGAAAAGAAGAAAGGAUUGACUAUAGUGACCACUUCGUUUGAUGGUUAUUUGUACCUCAUUGAUGGACCUACAGGCUGUGCUGAUGUUGUUGACAUUGGUGAAACAUCAUAUAGUAUGGUCUUGGCAGACAAUGUAGAUGGUGGGGAUGAUCUUGAUCUGAUUGUCUCAACAAUGAAUGGCAACGUCCUCUGCUUCUCAACUCCCUCUCCUCACCAUCCCCUCAAGGCAUGGAGAUUGCCUAACCAAGGAAGAAAUAAUGUUGGAAAUCGGUACGGUCGUGAAGGCAUCUACGUUACUCAUCCUUCUAGGGCAUUCCGUGAUGAGGAAGGCAAGAGUUUUUGGGUGGAAUUUGAGAUUGUAGAUAAUUACAGAUACCCAUCUGGCAAUCAAGGACCAUACCAUGUCACUACAACCUUGCUUGUCCCUGGUAAUUACCAAGGAGAUAGAACAAUAAAGCAGAACCAGACCUAUUCUCUACCUGGUAAACAUCGAAUUAAGCUGCCAACUGUGGGGGUAAGGACCUCAGGAACAGUUUUGGUUGAGAUGGUCGACAAAAACGGACUAUAUUUCUCAGAUGAUUUCUCCCUCACAUUCCAUAUGCACUACUAUAAAUUGUUGAAGUGGCUUCUUGUUCUUCCAAUCAUCCUUCGUCCACAAGGUGCAGUGCCAUUGCCAUCAUUCUCAAGGAACGAUGAUUAGUGAUGAUUAUUUUGUUUCAUUGCUCUAGGUAUCUUUGAGCUCAGGAAAUGUGAAUUUUACAUCAAAUUGAGUUACACAUGGGUGCCGCAGUGAGCUUUGAUCGCAUAGUCAAAGUGGAUAUUUUAUGAGAAGCAUUUGUUCAAGCUUGGUUCAGAGAUAGUUGAGGGUUGCAACAGUGAAUGAGAUCCUGAUAUUGGGAUAAUGGGAUGUUGCCCUUAAUGUGUAGUGUAAUCACAUACUGAAAUGUAGAACUUAACUAGUUUUUUUGGCAUCUUUAUAACGGAAUAGAUAUUUAUAAUAAUAUAUAGCUUUCUAUGAUUUAUUUCCA